AUGGUAAAAGUGGAGGGGAAUUCUGUGCCAACUGUCGGCAAUCUUCGUCUUAAUAAAUUAUUGCAAAUUUCUCAAGUGCUUUACGCUGCAAAGAAAGAGAAGUAUUUGUUUCCGGAAAAGUUUCUAGCCUUUGAACAGGGAGGAAUAAUCUAUGAUAUUUACCAUCGGUUCCAUUUUUUAGUUCUUCCUCAAAGACCUAUCUCAAUUAAAAAUUUAAGUCGCGAUUUGAAAAUUUUGACCAGAAAAAUUUUCAACUAUUUUAAUACCUAUACUAAUCAGCAAUUAGAGGAUUUUGUUCACGAGGACCCUGCUUGGUUUACAACUUGGGAUGAUGAAAGAAGCAGAGAAAUGCCUCAAAGGUUAAAUCAAAUAGUUUUUGUAGAUCUAGGCUUAUAG